AUGCCGACACUACAAGACUGGUCCCGGUAUAACCAAUACCUCCGAGAACAUCAUCUCUAUCAGGACGAGAAUGGCGAAGAUCUGUAUUGCUGCAUCAACGAGCCGCUGCCUGGUCCAUCUGGUCCAUCUGGCCUAUCGAACCCAUCCAAUCUCUCUAUCCUACGGAAUGCAUCUGAAGGGCCGCCAACGCCCUUGGAAGGCCCUCUGCAGACAUACAAAACCAUGACGAGCUCAAAACCUCGACACCCAUUUAGAAUGGUAAUCUACAAGGCCGUCGCGGUCAGGGACGCCUGGCUGUGGAAACUCUCUUGUCGGCGCGUGAACAUGGGCGCCGUGUCGGCGUGCACGCAGGCGAUCGUGCCACGGUACCUUUUUCGAUUCUGGCACGAUGAAAGCGGCGGAGGAAAUGUCACAGGCCAGUUCAAAAGCGAGCGCGAAAAACAGGACAUGUGCGCGGACCUCGAGGUCAUGACUGAGAGAGACAUCCGCGACAGCCUCGCUGACCACAUGCGCAACAGAAAAGCGUCGCCGUUCCAGAGUCCCUGGGUGUCCCUGUCGAUGUCGCCCGUCUGGGUGUUCGCCCAGGCCCUCGCGCUCAAGAGGAGAGGGUGCAGGAACCUCAAACUCGCCAUAGUGGACACAUGGAGUCUGGCGCAUGGUACGUACCUCUUCCACGCUGAGGCGUUGCUCAAAGCCUAUAAUGUCGCCCCGAGUCUCCCUUUCCGCAAUAUGGGCGAGUCGAUGGUGUUGGCGUGGAGAGCGAUCCGUGCGCCGAUGACGGUCAUGCGCCUCGAUGAAAUCUUGCACAGCGUGUUCGAGGGUGAGUACCUCAAACCGGGGUACCUAAAGCUGCAGCCGUUCCAUUAUAACACAUCGAAAUCCGACAUAGCCAAGAAUCACAACGUGACGAAGGAGCGGGCAGUCAAUAACAACAACAAGAAGAUCGCCAAAAAGAAGCAGGGACAAAAGCUCAACCUCCGCAAGCCAAACGAGAUUCGAAGGAGGAUCCAUCCGACCCGGUCCACAUACGAAGCGUUCCAGGAGAUCAUGCUGGAACCGCAAGCUCCCUGGAAGUUCCCGCGGGGUCGCCGCGCCGGCCGCAUGUCCCAAGGCAAACAGCCCGGCCGCAAAACUGGGUAUUCCAGGGUGCCAAUGGCGGCACAUCAGCUCAACGACUACGUGGACUUUGUAAAGAGGGAAGUUAAGGCGGUAGAGUUCCAAUUUCCCUUGUUGAUCGCUCUGCUCUCGAAUCGCAUGGCGGAGCUGGAACGCGACUCUAUCCUCGACGCAAUCCGUGACUGGGGUGGCGAUGAUCCAAUGAUUAAUGCCCACAAACGGUGCAUUGUUCGGGACAGUUCUUCGCCCUCUCUUCCUGAGCUGGACGCCUUCGAAAAACUGGCUCGAGACGCCAGUGACACGCUGGGGAUCUGGGUGGUCGAGAACCCAGGCCUGCGGAGGUUCUGGGUUUUGCAGUCUCCACACACAGAGGUUCCUCAACCUCACGAAAACAGUGAGUGGAUUAGGGACGUAGUCGAAGGGAGGGAAAGGAUGCAGAUGAGGCUGAAAAGGGAACAAGACCAAGCCCAGGCAAAAGCCAUGACAGCACCGAUACUAGGUUGUGCAGAGAACCAGAGUCGCAAAUAA